UUGCACUUCCGGGAUGGACCGGAUCGGGUGAUCGGAUCGGAUGAUCAUUUAUAUAACUGACAAAUGGCAGUAAACAUAACCGUGACAUACUGAAAAUGGCUUUCUGAUAUACGUCUCGUCAAAGCUGAUCCAGACAUGGCCAUGGAGCGAGCGACAAGAGUGGACUUAACCAAAACUAUAGAAAGCCAAAAGGAACAACUACAGCGAUAUGAAAAGAGACUUAGAGAUAUGGUCCAGGCUUACAAAGGUCUGCUCAAAGAGAAGGAGGCCUUAGAUGCUAGUGUCAAGGUCUUAUCAAAGUCUAGUAAGGAGGAGAGGUCGCCAAGGCAACCAAGCCGAACACCAACCACUGACGAUGGUGGGGAUUCCUCAGCGGCAGAAAGCGACACAGAAGGGAGGCAGUUUGAUGACCCAUUGCAAACUAAUUCUGCAGAUGCGGAGGAUACAGAGGAGAGAGACGACCAGCUCCAGACCCUCACUGCUUCCCUAUUGACCCUCACACAAGAGAAGUCGAAGCUGGAGGCCAGUUACGUCAGCGAUAAGAAACGCCUCAUACAAGAGAAUGAAGAGUUGUCAAAAAAACUGGAGGAGCAACAAAAUAAACAUGAGGCUGAACUGAAGACCUUGGAACAGACAUCAAACGAGUUGAAAAACCGGAUCCGAUCUCAGCAGGCUGAGAGGGAGAAGGAGCAGAAUGCCCAUGCCUCAAUGCUGAGAGAACUUCAACGUCUGCUCGCCGAAGAACGCAACUCUAAAGAACAGCUGGAAAACCAGCUGGAGGACACAACAGCUGCCCUGAGAGAGAAGGAGAAACUCUUACCCAAUAUGUCUGAGCACUUUGAGACAAGGACACAGGAAAUGACUCGCGAAAUCAAGAGUCUGCGCUCCAAACUCCAAGCUAUGGAAGACAAGGCCAAGGAACCGUCGCCCCUGGUCCUCAAUCUGCAGACAGAAGUUGCUGAGCUGAAGGCCCAGUAUAGAGUACAGGUACAACAAGAACAACACAGAGUUUUGGAGGCGGAGAAUAAGCUCAAACAACUAUCAGAGCAAAGUGAGAAGAGAGUGUCCACACUGGAGGCAAAGAUCUCAGAACUUUCCGAAGUUGUCGGUGACUAUGAGCGCCUUCGAUUCCAGGAUCAGCAGACGACACAGAAACUGAAGGACAGACUGAUACAGCUAGACAUGGAGAACACGGUUCUAGCCAGGGCAGCACACUCCCCAGGGAAGGCCGAACUAGGCGAUGAAGACCAGGACCCCGCUAACCAAGAUCCUCAUGUGUUGGCAGAUAAAUUGGUGACUUUGAAAGGGUUACUGAAAUUGGCCAAUCAGAAGGCAGCUAAUCCUGUUGAUAUUGAUGAUCUGCUACAAGACGACACGUCUUUGGAGUCUAACAAAUACAAGGAGGAGCUGGAGAAAGUCAAGGAAGAGUUUGAGCGCUACAAACUACGGGCUCAGUCAGUUCUCAAAAACAAAAGUACAAAGGAUGUUGGAAACACCAAAGAGGUUGACUUGUUGAAGUCACAGAUCAAAGACUUGAAGGACAAAUUAAAAACUCUUCAUUUACAAAUGGACGAGGAUAUGGAAAUGUCAAAACACAGAACGGGCAGCAUGCAAAAAACAGUCGUGUCGCUGCAGGAAAAACACAAACAGGACGCGGCUACGCUGGCGGCAGAAUAUAAACAGCGCAUAGGUGAAAUGGACAUAGAGUUGAGAAAACAAAGGGAAAGAACUGUGUCAUUGCUGGCAGAAAAAGAUCGGGAAAUUGGGCAAUUGAAGGCAGGUAAUGUGCAUAGGAUUGAAGGAACCUAUUAUAGUCAGUUGAGGAAUCCACCAGAUUCCGGUGCGUCUGCAGAGUUACCUAUGGACGUGCUUCAGUCAAAGUCAGAAGAGGAGCGUGCUGUGUCGCGGCUGCUGAAUCUAGGUCAUGGUGACGCGAAUCUUAUCUAUUUCAGUCAAGAGCAAGCACGAAAGGAUGUCGAGAUAAAUUCUUUACGGAAACAGAAACAUGAAAUUGAACUGGCACUUAGAGAUCUACAGAUUUCUGCUAGUACACAAGCAGAGUCGUUAUCAGAUACAAUCGACAAUAUGAAGGAGUCUGUUAGAAAAAGUGAACGAGACAAAAUAAGAGAAGGAGCAAACUUGGAAUAUCUUAAGAAUGUCACCUACAAGUUUCUCAUAAGUGUAGAUCCACAAGCUAAACAACAGAUGAUGAAUGCCAUCACGACAAUUUUACAGUUUAGUCCACAAGAGAAGGCUGUUGUUCACACACAAUUCAAAGGAUGGUGGAAACACUAGCAAAGGGAAACCACUCCAUUUUAUUAAGAAAUUUGGAGGGGGGGGGGGGGGGGGGGGGGUUGUGAACAAUUUUAAGGGUUAUUGUUCUUUUUGAAAGAUGUCAAAAAUAUUUUUUAUUCAAACCAGGCCAAAUUAACUGAUUUGUAUAGCAUUGACAUGAAUUUGAAUGGGUACUUAACAUGUCUUUGCUGAAAGAUUAGGCUGAGGUUCAGUCUAUGUCUGUAACAGACACGUAAUGGGGUCUUUAAAGAGUAAGUUCAUAAAUUGUUGUUUUUUUCAUCUCCAGACAGAUGUUGGUGAAAUUGGCUUUUUGGGUAAGGUGAUCUUUAUUUUAAAUCUUGAGAUAAAAAAAAGUCCUUUUCAUGGUACGGUAUAUGUGCAUUUAAUUUCAUGUAAUAAAUAUUUAGAAUGUUGGUGUACAUUUAAAAACACAAAAUGUAGAUUAUGCCAGUAUUACUAGAACUGACAAUAGAAAAAAUAAUAAGGUACAUUUAGAUAAGAAAAUUGGGUUGGUUACCUAAUUAACUUCAGUUAUUGUAGUAGGUUAACAAGAUAUUAAUGCUUUCCAGGCAGUACGCUGAGGGAAACAUUUUUUUUUGAAAAUGUUCAUAAAAAAUAUUUUAGUGUAUUGAUAACUUGAUUUAGUGUAAUUUUGUUUUAACUGAAAUAAAACAACUUAAAGGCACUGUGUCAACUACUUAAUUAUACCCCGCACAUUGAACUUAGAUAGUUUACUGGAAUUAAGGUGCCUAUCAGUCUGUCUGCUGAUGCAAGAUUGUCAAGACUACUUAUCCUAAAGAAUUGUAUAAAUUUCAAUGAAACUUUGUACCUUUUACCAAUUGGUAAGGUAGUUGUUAGCUUUACAUUUUCAUUUUUGUUAUGAAUGAAAUUUUGUUAAUUACUACCAGAAGCUAGACUUUAGGAGGUCAGAGUGUUAGUUCUUACAAUUCUUGUUUCAGACGGCCAUGUAAUAUUGUACAGUUUGAACUGUGUUUGAUUAUUUGUGAAAAUGAUAGUUAUAUUUCCGAUGCUUAUAACUGGGGAGGGUAUAAGUAUUUUAGCAACAGCUCAAAUAAAAAAAAAUCUGUUAGGUCCAUAAUUACCUGUGAUACCUACUGAAGCUUAUUCUUUAGUCGUUAGAUAAAAGCCCCUUUUCCCGUAUCCGGUUCAACCGUUUGAAAGAAAACGAUAGGCACCAAUCUGAAGCGAGACUGACCUCAGGAAUAUUAAGCACGUGUAGAUUGAGACGUGCCAGACCGAAACUAAAAUGAUGACUAGGGCUCGUUUGCAUGAUUUCUUUAUUAAACAAGGUCAAGCCACAUGUAGAUUUUAAGAUACAUUAUAUAUUUUUGUGGACGAGUGAAAGAAGGACAUAUUAUUCUUGAUAUAUAUUGUUAUUUAUUCACCGAAACUGUACAUUUUUUUUAGAUCUGUCAAUAGCUCGGUCCAAGUGCUUUCAUUUCUCUUGGAAUAUUUCUGUGCCAUCGAUCUGAACUGUUUCAACCGGGGUACACAAAUGCAACCAAAGUUUGUCUGAUGUUUUUUAUUGGGACUUUCAUGUACACUUUUUUGAGGUUGCAAAAUUAUAUUUGAUUCGGUAUUAUUAAGAAAGAAUUUUGUAAUUUUGUUUAACAGAGUCAAUUUCCAAAUAUUACCUUCUGACAGGUAUGGAAUGGUUAAGAUUGUCUCCAGUUGAGGUUCCAUAGUCAAGCAUGACGUAACCUACUCAAAUCAUUUAACCCUUUCACCACUGUAGACCAUAAUGGACUCAUCCAUAUCAAUGAAUGGUAGAGUCUACUAAAGUUUCAUAGGGGUGAAAGGGUUAAUGUGCCUAUGUCUAAGUAUUUGAGAUCAUGGAAGUAAUUGUUGUUGAGUUAUUUCAGUUUGUUUGAUCAGGUUAUAAGACAAGUUGAUGAAUGUUCCAUUGCUAUGUAAUUGUUGUAGGUUACCAUUGAAAACUGGGUUUAUGUAAAAAUGUCAAAAAUUGAUGAAAAUUAGAAUUAUUAGCAAACUCUUUGGAGUUAAAGCCCAAAGUGAUCAUUUAUAACAUCACACCUUUGAGAUUUUUGCUAUUUCGAACAUGGAAUGAACCUUUUUCUCACAAAUGAAAUUCCAAACAUUGGUGAAAUUUAUUUAUCUUCUCCACUGAAUAUUAAAUCAUGAAAAGUAGUGCAAUACAUAAUCACUGCCUUAGAAUACAAGCUUGAUUUGGAGAGGAUAGGAGGGACCAGGGAAGCAGGGCUUACCGAGCUAGCACCAAGUCUAGCCAACACUGAUCCCUCCAGAGUCCAAUUAAAUCUAGCAUUUUAAUUAAGACAUUAUUAAUGUGUUAUUUCUACUGCAGCACCUCCGAUUCAUGCUAUUAACAGACACACAGGCAUACUUCACAAUAAAAUGACUUAUACAUCACAUUGUUGAAUGAAAACUAAAACACAAUGAAAGAGGCCAAAAUGUUUACACUGAGUGUCACAUGGAGACACAUAUUUUUGUGUGUAUAGUCUCCAGUUUUAUCUCAAUAUUGAUAAUUUAAUUAACUUGUUUAAAAACUGAAAUAGACACCUCCGAUUAUUAUUUGGUGCAGUUUCGUGUUGUGAUGUUUUAAUUAGAUCCAGUUUUGAUCGAAAUUUGUUGUCACGGGUGAAAUUGUUUUAUGUACAUUUCAAUUUCAAAGAGAACUACAGAGAUUAGAUUUUUUUUUUUUUUUCAUAGUUUGAAUUUUUCACAAAUGAAUAACAUUUUUGAGAUUUUAUCUCAGUCAUUUUGAUGAUGGUAGAUGCAUGUUUUUUGACCCUGAUGACAUGGACCAAGUGUUUUGUUAUUUUCUAAAAAAAAAACGCCUGCAGUUAUUGAAUUUUCAUGGAGGAGCAAGAAAAGGUGAACAGGCAAAAAAAUAAAGAACUAUUUUUCAUGUUUCAAGCAAUGAACAUUUUGAAUCUCAGUAAUUUUCAAAUUAUGUCAUCAGUAAAUUGUUGCUAAGCAAAUUGGGAUCUGAAAACAUUGAGCUGUGCUGAACUUUUUGAUAAUUCAUGUAUUCACUUAUAUGAAGUUGUUCUCCCAAUAAGUUAACUUGAUUACUGUAAAAAGAGUUCAAGUUGAAGUUUGAUAAAUCUGUCACAAUAAAUACGGUCCAACCCACUCAUGUGACAACCUCGAUUUAGAGACCACCUGUGUUAAGAGACCACUUUUAAUGUUCCUAAUUGUUGGGAUUUCAUUGUGAAAAUAACCACUUUUAAGAGACCACCUGCAUUAAGAGACCGCUAUUUCGACUUCUCAAAGGUUGUAUAUAAAUGCAGGUUUAACCUUAGUGUUCAUUGUUAAUAUCUUACAAACAUUUGUGUGACCGACAUACUGUGAUUAUUUACUAGUGGUAGUUAAGGUCUUCCAAGCUUGUAGUGACUCACUGGUAGAUUCUCAGGGUAAUCACGUCUCUGUUUUAAAAUUGACUGAUAGUCAUUAUCUCCCCCUUCAGAAGACACCGGUUUAUCAUAGGAGUACUUCCCAGCCUGCUUAUACCAAUUGGUGCAGCUGGGUAGGCUAGCCUUUAAGCUAAAAAUCCUCGAUUUUGUUACAUUAGUGUACAUCAAUUACUAAUAUUCAUUCAUCGACUUUUGGAUAUCUUCUUUACUGCGUUACCCUCAUUACACUUCCACCUUACAUUCUGGUAAGUUUGACGUUAAAAGAAUACAUCAAGAUGAUUUCACAUUCUUAAAGCAAAAGUGACAUUUUACAAUCAUGAUAUUCCAGUAAGUUGUUAUGAGAACCAACAACUAAAAUUUAAAACCAAAAUUUGGAAACAAAUCACUAUAAAAUAUUGGUAUACCAAAAUAUUUAUUAUAAAAAAAUCAUGAGCAAAGACCAGGGAGGCAUUCAAUGGUUGGUAAACAAUGGAGUUAGCAGUGUAUAAUCACAAAGAAAAUUUGUUCGUGCAACAUGGUAGCUAUAUAAUUAUGUAUCCUUGACAGCAGUACUGGUUUCCUAAUGAUAAGUACUGAGUUAUUGUAACAGUUGCCUUAGUGACUUUGUAGAAUUGAUCAGACCUCUUCCACAGAUGUGCUUUAUUGAUGUUCUCAACAGGGUGCUUACCACAGGGACUUGACUCCUACGAGGUUGUGGUAAACCACAAGGACCCGACUCCUACGAGGAUGUGGUUAGCCACAGGGACCCGACUCCGACGAGAUGGUGGUUAGCCACAGGGACCCCACUCAUACGAGGUUGUGGUUAGCCACAGGGACCCGAUUCCUACGAGAUUGUGGUUAGCCACAAGGACCCGCCUCCUACGAGGUUGUGGUUAGCCACAGGGACCCGACUCCUACGAGAUUGUGGUUAGCCACAGGGACCCCACUCCUACGAGAUUGUGGUUAGCCACAAGGACCCGACUCCUACGAGAUUGUGGUAAACCACAGGGACCCGACUUCUACGAGAUUGUGGUUAGCCACAAGGACCCGACUCCUACGAGGUUGUGAUAAAAUUCUUAUAUUUAAAGUCUCGUAUUUAUCAAAAAACUCAUGGAACAUAACAAUGUGAUUGUAGUGUCAAACUCCAUCUGGAGGAACUCUCUAGAUGAUUAUGUAUAAACAGUUAACUCUCUCCAUAGUACCACAUGGGUACUGAGCACCAUGAGAUUACUUUUGUAUAUAUAUAUAUGUCUGGUAAUAAAUUAUUAUCUAUAUAACUUUAAAAAUGUCUUCUUUUUUCAUUAUAACCAGUGUGGGUAUGGUAAUAUGAAGGCCAUGGUGAAAUGAAACGGUUCAUUUCACCAUUAUGGGUAUAUGAACUGCCUCAUGGUGAAAUAAAGGAUACCAUCAAUUCUUUUAUGACCAUUUUUUUUCAUUAUUUCUUUUCUUUUAGUUUACAUCAGUUUGAUGUUCCGUAUAUGAAAAUCACAAAAAUUAAGGUUGGGGUAGAGAAAUUCAGGGUGGGGCAGGGGGUUUCACUUAACCAUGAUGGUGAAAUGAAGGGUUUUAGCACUAUUAUUUCUAUUUCACUUUUUUAAACCAAAUCUGUUUAAGUGGUACUAUGGAGAGAGUUAACUGUUUAUACAAAAAAAAUGCUAAAAACUUUCAUUUCACCAUUAUGGUAAAGUGAAGCUCCCCUGCAAAACCCUGAAUUCUCUACCCCAGACUUAGUUUUGUGAUUUUAAUAUUCAGGACAUCAAAGUGGGUUCUUGGCAAAGCUGGCGCUUGGGCUCCAUAACUAGUCCUUAUACCGACGGCAACAGGAAAUGGGUCAUAUAUCGCCGCAGGUCUGUCCAUUUGCGUUUCCGCUCCGGCAGCUUCCAUUUUGUCCACGCCCUUGUAGCCCGUUUCGAUUCCCUUCCUCUCAUGGCCCCGUCCUCUCUGCUGAUUUCCCCGUAUAUUAUACCAUUGGUCUUUUCUCCUCGUCGCUUGUUCUCAAACCUCUAGAAAUGUGUUGCCCACAAUCCUUGCUGCAGUUGCCGUCCUGGGCAGGUUGCUCCAACGAUAUUCCGGUGCUUGAGGAUACCUUAGGCAUGCUCCAUAGGUAUACUUGUGGACCAUUUGUCUGGGGAAUGAGUGGUGGGUCUAACUAUGUGAAAAGUCUUUAGAAUACUACUCCUUGGGUGUGAAUAAAGGGACAUGAAUAAAAAUUGACUUGGAGUAUUCAUUAAUCAAUGUUCUCGUAACGAAGAGCGUGGUUCCUUUGGGGACAGAGGGGUUGGGUCUUGUACAGUUAAACAUCAAAAAGAAGACUGCCUGUUUACACGGAAUAUUCAUUGGCCAGCAGAUUGUUGUAUAACAAAGGUUGUAACCCUCUUGGGUAGCAGAGCACGGCUCCAUGGAGAUAAUUUCAAAUACUACUCCGUAAGAAUGGGUGACUAGAUUUAAACCUCACUGGUAGGUGUGUAGCGUCCAUGAGUGAAUGGUAUACAUUGCUGUUAAACUGAAAAAUGUGGCAGCAAAGGAGCAGGAAUAUUUUAAACGAAUCCAGCUCCAGAAUAUAUAUAUGUUAAUCAAACUUCGUGAAAAUGGCCAUCCCGGCUCAAUGUCUUGUUUUUUUUAAACUUUAAUGAAUGUGUAGCUUGAAAGCAGAAUCAUGUAUAUAUAUGAACACUGGCGAAGAUUGAUUUUACAGUAUCUAGUUGUUUCCGAUAAUAUAAAUUUGGACCAGAUAAACUAGCAUUACAUUUGAACAAUAAUUAUCUGUAAAUAUGAUGAAAUCCCAAACGUACAGCCGUGACCUUUUACCCCCCUCACGAUGUUGUUAUCAGAGCGUCGUCUGGUCACUUAUCAUUAUCAUGAUGGAACAGCCGUCUCUCUCGGGAGACGGAAUGGAGAUUGGAGUGGUAGACACGUGUGUUCUGUAAUAUAAUGGAUGUCAUGUACCACAAUCUAUCUGAUGUACCGUAUCACUGUCAAUAUUUACAUCGUCGUCUCCAACGGCUACUGUAUCAUGGCUGCUGUUUGUUCUCAAAACAUUCGAAGAUUAUUUGAAACAUUGAUUAUAAAAAUGGCAGAGUUUAUAAUUGAUUUUUUCCCUUCAAUAUCAAUACGAUGUUAAUGUCAAUUUAACCAAUAUCAUUAACGUAACAUGGACUGUCUGAAGAGUAUUUUGUUUUAAAAGUAUUGAGGACCAGUGAUGAAUUCUCCAUGACCUAUAGUUAUUUGUAAGGUGGCGCGUUGUGUGUGUUGAGGUUUUGUUUGUUUAAAGUUUUAAACGAAAUAAAACCGGUUGGAUGGUAACAAAGUAGGUGAUGUAUAUGCAGAAGUAAAGUGUCAUGAUGUGGGAGGAACCGGAGUACCCGGAGAAAACACACAAGGUCGAGCAGGUGACCCAUACCUUUUCACGGGGAAUCCAGCCCCGGUCGGCUUGGUGAUAGAGUGCCCUAUCCAUUCACUUUACGUCAACACCAGUAAUCACAGGGGCGUGGCACAUAUCUCAAACCCUACAGUUCGUAUAUAUACGCAGUAUGAUACAUAAUACAAAGGACCCAUCCUCGAUACCCAGGCGCUAGGCUGAUAUCUGUCCUUUGAAGAUU